GUUUUGUUCCUGGAACUGAAGUUGCCACAAAAUGGAGGUGUGAAAGUCCAAGGGAACAAGAAAACUCUGGGUUAUACCAGAAGAGCGACUGCUAGAGGAAGCAGCGUUAGGUUAAGCAAGCAGUUCAGUACAACCAAGGAUGUUUUGGAGAAAUUAAAGAUGCUUCACCCAUUACCAGGGCUGAUACUGGAGUGGAGGAGGAUCAACAAUGCCAUUACUAAAGUGGUGUUUCCACUACAGAGGGAAAAGCGAUUGAAUUCUGCACUGGGAAUGGAAAGGAUAUAUCCAGUGUCCCAGACUCACACAGCUACUGGUCGAAUAACCUUCACAGAGCCAAAUAUCCAGAAUGUGCCAAGAGAUUUUGAGAUUGAAAUGCCAACUGUGGUUGAAGAAAGCCCACCCUCCCGAGCCCAUGGAAAUGGAAAUCUGUCUCUACUAGGUAUGGGCUGAUAUAGAAAGCGUUGCAGUAUUUUGCCUGAUGGCCUAAAGGUUCAGGCUGAAGACAGAUCUGAAGAAAGAGGAAUACCGUUUUCUGUUAGCAUGAGGCAUGCUUUUGUUCCCUUCCCAGGUGGCUUAAUCUUGGCUGCUGAUUACUCUCAGCUUGAACUGAGGAUCCUUGCUCAUUUGUCUCGUGACUGUCGACUCAUUCAAGCCUUGAACGAUGGUACUGAUGUCUUUAAGAACAUUGCAGCAGAAUGGAAAAUGAUUGAUCCUGAAGCUGUUGGAGAUAAGACCAGGCAACAAGCUAAACAAAUUUGCUAUGGAAUCAUCUAUGGAAUAGGAGCAAAAUCUUUAGGCGAGCAGAUGGGGAUUGAUGAAAAUGAAGCUGCCAAUUACAUUGAAUCCUUCAAAUCAAGAUACACAGGAGUUCAGAAAUUCUUGAGAGAGACAGUGAGGAGCUGCAGAAGAGAUGGGUUUGCGCAGACCAUCCUGGGAAGACGAAGAUACCUGCCAGCUAUCAAAGAUCCAAACCCCUACAGUAAAGCUCAUGCAGAGCGUCAGGCUGUGAACACAACUGUUCAGGGAUCUGCUGCAGACAUCGUCAAAACAGCCACUGUGAACAUUCAGAGAUGCCUGGAAGCUUUCUCCUCUGUGAUCAAGUCCCACAGACAUCUGGAGAGCUCCUUCCAGAGAGAUAAGACCGGACUGAGAAGGAAAACUAAAAACGGAGGGAUGUUACACCCCAUCCGCGGAGGUUUCUUUGUCCUUCAGCUCCAUGAUGAGCUCCUCUAUGAAGUUGCAGAGGAUGAUGUCAUCCAGGUCGCUCAGAUCGUCAAGCACGAGAUGGAAAACGCCGUCAAACUCUCGGUGAAACUGAACGUUAAAGUGAAAAUUGGACCUAGCUGGGGAGACCUGCAGGACCUGGAGCUCUGA